AGUUUCUUUUCAAGUCCAAAGUCACUUGCAUUCAAUCUUAAGAUGGGUCAUAGGGUGAAGAAGAUAAGAGGGAGAUUAGAUAAAAUUGCAGCUGAUAAGUCAAAAUUUAAUCUCAUCGAGGGUGUUGCAAACACGCCUGUUGUGCUAAGCAAGAGGGAGAUGACCCACUCCUUUGUCCGAGCUUCCGAUGUUAUCGGGAGAGACGAUGAUAAAGAAAAUAUUGUUGGGCUUUUGAUGCAACCUAGCGUUACUGAGAAUGUUUCUGUAAUUCCCAUAGUUGGGAUUGGGGGGCUAGGCAAGACAACUCUGGCUAAACUUGUGUAUAAUGAUGAGAGAGUAGUGGGGCAAUUCUCCACUAAAAUGUGGGUUUGUGUGUCAGAUGAGUUUGAUAUUGAAAAGCUGGUAAAGAAAAUCCUUAAGGAGAUCAGGAAAGGUGAUGAAAGUUACAGUGACUCCUCCAUGGAGCAGUUGCAGAGUCAUCUUAGAAAUGCAUUAGAUGGUGAAAAAUUCUUGCUGGUUUUGGAUGAUGUGUGGAAUACGGAUCGUGAGAAGUGGCUUAAGCUGAAAGACUUGCUCGUGGACGGCGCCAAUGGAAGCAAAAUUCUUGUAACUACACGCAAGAAGUCAACUGCUUCAAUCAUGGGCACUUUUCCCAUGCAAGAAAUAAAGGGUCUUUGUCAUGACGAUUGUUUGUCUUUAUUUGUGAAAUGCGCAUUUAGGGACGGAGAAGAUGAGUAUCCAAACCUUUUAAAAAUUGGGGAUCAGAUUGUUGAGAAAUGUGCAGGGGUUCCCCUUGCUGUGAGAAGUUUAGGGAGUUUACUGUAUUCGAAAAGGGAUGAAUGGGAUUGGGUAUCCAUUAGAGAUAGCGAAAUAUGGGAAUUAGAACAAAAUGAAGAUGGUAUUAUGGCUGCAUUAAGACUGAGCUAUUAUGAUUUGCCUUAUCACUUGAAGCAAUGCUUUGCUCUUUGUUCCUUAUUUCCCAAAGAUUUUGAAUUUGGUAAUGUUGUUUUGAUCUCAAUUUGGAUGGCAGAAGGCCUCAUUCAUUCAUCGGGACAAAAUGCCAAAAUGGAGGAUAUUGGUGAGAGAUAUAUUAAUGAGCUAUUAUCGAGAUCUUUCUUUCAAGAUGUUGAGCAGCAGACGCCAGGAGUAGGAUAUACAUUCAAAAUGCAUGAUCUUGUACAUGAUCUUGCGAUGUUUUUUGCACAACCUGAGUGUUUAACACUAAAUUUUCACAGUAAAGAUAUUCCUAAAAGGGUUCAACACGCCGCAUUUUCUGAUACCGAGUGGCCCAAAGAAGAGUCUGAAGCUUUAAGAUUCCUGGAGAAGCUGAAUAAUGUUCAUACCAUUUAUUUUCAAAUGGAAAAUGUGGCCCCUAGAAGCGAAUCAUUUGUUAAGGCAUGCAUCUUGAGAUUCAAAUGUAUACGGAUAUUGGAUUUAGAAGACUCUAACUUUGAAGCAUUGCCUAAUUCUAUUGGUAGUAUGAAGCAUCUAAGAUACUUGGACCUAUGUGGGAAUAAGAGAAUCAAGAAACUCCCUAAUUCCAUUUGCAAUCUAUACCAUUUGCAAACUUUGUUACUCUUAGAAUGUUCAGAACUUGAAGAAUUACCAAGAGGCAUAGGGAGUAUGAUCACUUUGAGGACGGUAUCUAUAACAAUGAAACAAAGGGAUUUAUUUGGAAAGGAAAAAGGGUUGAGAAGCUUGAAUUCUCUUCAACAUUUACAAAUUGUUGAUUGUCUCAAUUUGGAAUUUUUGUCUAAAGGAAUGGAAAGCCUUAUUGAACUUCGAAAAUUAGUUAUUGGCAAUUGUCCAAGGUUGGUUUCUUUGUCACAUAGUAUAAAACUCUUGACUGCAUUAGAGGUUCUUGUAAUUGCAAGUUGUGAAAAACUUGAAUCCAUGGAUGGGGAAGCAGAAGGGCAAGAAGACAUUCAAAGCUUCGGGAGUCUACAAAUUUUGUUCUUUGAUGAUUUACCACAAUUGGAGGCUUUACCGAGGUGGCUUCUUCAUGGGCCAACUUCUAACACUUUACAUCAAUUACAUAUUUCAAAUUGCCCAAGCUUGAGAGCAUUGCCAGAAAGUGGGUUGCAAAAGCUCGUAUACCUUCAAAAACUUGAGAUUGAAGAUUGUCCUGAAUUGAUUGGAAGAUGCAAACCUGAAACGGGGGAAGAUUGGCAAAAAAUCGCUCAUAUACCUAAAAUAUAUCUUGAUGGAGAAAAGAUUGCAUCGUUAACCAAUAAUUAGGCGGACUGAGUGAGAAAUGGAGACUUGACCUGGAAAUGGAGGACUGAUCAAAUAUGGUUCCUCUGCUAUGAUUGGAUGAUGCGGUUGGAAGUUGGAAGUUGGAAGAGAGUUGAUGGAGCUGGAAAUGGAGGACUGAUCAAAGCUAGUGUUUGGGUCCUUGCUUGCUUACCCGUCUUUUUCUUGAUUUGUUGCCUCAGUGCUGAAUUCUGGAGUGGUGUGCUUGUUUAUUAUUUGUCUUAUUUUCACAUAGACUCGUGUGUAAGGUUGUUUUGGUUGUUUGGAGUUUGGAGCGUGAACUUUGAUUUACUUUACAAUAAAAGGUUGAUGGAUUCAUUUAUCAAUCAAAUAUAUGGAUGAUGAUAUACGAUUCUAAUUUAGUUUA